UGUUGUUGUUGUUGUAAAUAGUAUAAAGUAGGAAGGGUUUUUAUGUAAAUUAGAUAAUCUUAGGUUUAUAAAUGAAAAUUCUUUAAAAUUCGUACCUAAACCAAACCCAUAAAAAAAAAUGAGAGAGGUAUGAACUAGUAGGAAGAAGUAGGAGAGAGAAAGAAAGAAGAGGAAAGGAGAAGAGAGGAGUCUAAGUCUACUCCUUCAUCUUCUUAUAAUUUUCGAUCAUAUAUUUAUAUUUAUUUAUUAUUAUUAUUAUUAUUAUUAGAAAGAAAACCCUAAGAGAGAGAGGAAUGUCGGCUGAAAACCCCGGCGACGGCGACGGCGGCGAAGGUCCUCAUUUGAAGCCAGGUAAUGCUCUUCCCUGGGCUAAAAUCGUUCAAGGUGAGUCCGAAUCCAUCCAAGCGGCUCACCGAUCUUCGUCUUUGGCGAGCUCGUCUGUAGCGGAGGAGACGGUAUCUUUUUUUCCUGAGUCUUCUUCCUCACCGCCUUUGAUGACGAAUGAUCCUCUCCUUUUUGGAAUCUCCAAUGGGGAUAGCAGCAUUGCAGUGAAGCAAAAGAAGCAGGCUUGGAAUAAGGUUUCAAACGGCGGCGCUGAUGUCUCCCCUGUAAUGACUGAGGGUCCCUGGCCUACCUUACCCAAGCCUUCGCAUACAUCGAAGUCGUCAACUGAUUCAGGGAACUCACCUUCUAAGCCUGUCACUGGUGGAUCGAUCUCCAAUUCCCAGGUACCGGCUAAAAUGCAGUUUCAAACUUCAUCCAGAAGACAGGAUACCCCCAAUCCGAAUAUGGCUCAUGCGCCGUUUCGGCAAAGAUCUAUGAAACGUGGCGGCGGCGGAGGUGGCGUUGGGGGUGGCCCCACAAUUAGCCACUAUUCGCAUCAUCCUCCGCCGCCGCAACCACCUCUGUUGUACCCUUUCUACUCGGGAUCGGGUUUCCCCUCUCCGAGUGUAGUGCCUGACCAGUCUGCAAGAGAGCCUUUCCUCAACAACAGACCAGCAGGAGGGUUUGUUUCUCAAUCACUUCCUGGUAAUCGGAAUUUUGGCCGGAGAGGAAAUUUUGGAUCCCACCCUGACUAUGAUGGUUCGUUCCAGAAUCACUAUGGCGGCAGGCGUGAUCAGGGUCGCGGAAACUUUGCAAAUGCAAGGAAUCCACACAUGCAGCAGCCACAUAGAGCCCCAAAUAUGGGGCCUCCGCUGUUCCCACCCAGAGGCCCUCCUUUUAUCGGUCUCCCCAUACCAUUGCCUGCUGAGUACUUUUGUUUUCCCAUGCAACCUCAACCUCCGCCUCCGUCUAAUAUGUUCAUUCCUGUUGCGGAUAUGUUGUCCAAUCAGAUUAUUGAACAAGUUAAUUACUAUUUCAGCGACGCUAACUUAGUCAAAGACCAAUUUUUAAGGUCAAACAUGGAUGAUCAGGGCUGGGUUAAAAUUUCCCUGAUCGCUAACUUUCCCAAGAUGAAAAGAUUUAAGAAUAUGCAGUUAAUACUCAACUCCCUACAAGCUUCUUCUGUUGUGGAAGUGCAGGAUGACAAGGUGAGAAGGCGUAAUGAUUGGAUGAAAUGGUCACCUUUACCGCCGGCGGCUUCGGGUCAAGUUUCCACUGAGUCAGGCUCACUAUCCCCUGCUUCUAAUUCCAGUUCACUGGCUGCUUCGUUUCAAAAUGUUAGUCUGGGGGAAGCAAGAGCAACCACCGUUGCAGGUGAAGCGGAUCCCAAUACCAAAUAAAUUUUAUUAAUAGAGACGAGUGAGGUCCUGGAAUGUACAAUUUUGAGGGUUUUUAGUUUGUAUAGGUUUUUUUUUAAAUAAUUAUUAUAUCCGGAAGAUGUACUUAACAUUUGAACUUAGCAAUUUUUUUUUCCUUUCAACUUUUCAUUUUGCAUUGAACUUUCAUAUUAGAAGUUUUACAAUUACAUUUAAAAAAUAAAAUAAAAAAUGAUUUCUAAAUUAAUUAUAGUGCA